AUGUAUACCUUGAAAGUGAGUUUGCUCUACUGGCUCUCCGCUUACUUGUGUCCCUCUCUAAGACUGCGGGGUAAUAGCUUGCGAAGUUCCCAAGUGGAAUUAGAUGUAUACCUUGAAAGUGAGUUUGCUCUACUGGCUCUCCGCUUACUCGUGUCCCUCUCUAAGACUGCGAAUAUUCUUUUUUUAGGGAAUCUUUUCAAGGGUAAUAGCUUGCGAAGUUCCCAAGUGGGAUUAGAUGUAUACCUUGAAAGGAAUCUUUUCAAGGGUAAUAGCUUGCGAAGUUCCCAAGUGGAAUUAGAUGUAUACCUUGAAAGGAAUCUUUUCAAGGGUAAUAGCUUGCGAAGUUCCCAAGUGGAAUUAGAUGUAUACCUUGAAAUUUCUACUUCAUGUGUAUUUCUGAACGCAUACUUUAGAACAAAAUUCCUGAAUGCUUAUAGACCAGCAAUAUCCUUUCGAGCCCAUAACCAAUACUUUGUUGUACCCAAAUCACCUGAAGUAUAA